AGGGGAGGGAUCUGCUCCCUCAGCUCAGCGGGCUCUGCGGGCUAAAGAUGGCGGACGGAGAGAACAGUCUGGGAAAGGCCUUGUCGGGCGCAUCCGAUAUGGACGAGCCCGCCGCUAAAAAGUCCAAAAUUACCCUGACGAGCAGCUACGGCCACAAAGUCACUGACGCUAAAGAAUUCCCUUGCAUGUCUGGAGUCACGGAGGGUUGGGGGGCGGCGGUGAAUUGUGACCAGCCAGCGGAGAAGGAACCCAAGCCGGCGAUGGCGGUAGAGCAGGCCCCAGGAGCGCAAGGCGGAGAUAACAAUGGCCUGGGACUGCUCGUCUCCAAUCCUUUUAAGUCCGCCGUCGAACCAGACGACAGCGCCGUGCUCGGGACAUUCGAGGCCAGUGCCGGUCUCAUUGGGUGUGUCGAUCGCCCCGCCAAUGGCUUUGCUGUCACGCCCGAGCAUGUCACGGAGGAGGAUGACAGAUCCUCGCAUGCCAGCUCCAGCGACUGGGCACCUCAACCACAUAUAGGUUCCUACAGUUUCAUCCAGCAGCACAUAAGAGAAACUGACCCUCGGACCAUUCUGAGGGAGUUGCUGCCCGAGACUGUACUCCCGCCGGAUUUAGAUGACAUGACAUUGUGGCAGAUCAUCAUCAACAUCUCAGAACCUCCUAAAAGAAAAAAAAGGAAGGAUAUCAACACCUUGGAAGAUGUGGUCAGGCUACUCCAUGAAAGUAAAAGAAUUCUGGUGCUGACUGGUGCCGGGGUGUCCGUUUCGUGCGGGAUACCAGAUUUCCGCUCCAGAGAUGGAAUUUAUGCCCGUCUUGCUGUUGACUUUCCUGAUCUUCCAGACCCACAGUCUAUGUUUGACAUUGAGUACUUCCAAAGAGACCCAAGGCCAUUUUUCAAAUUUGCUAAGGAGAUCUACCCGGGUCAGUUCCAGCCUUCGCCCUGUCACAAGUUCAUAUCGAUGCUGGACAAGCAGGGCAAGUUGCUGCGUAACUACACGCAAAAUAUCGAUACGUUAGAACAAGUGGCGGGAGUUCAGCGAAUCAUCCAGUGUCACGGGUCAUUUGCAACUGCUUCCUGUCUCAUCUGUAAAUACAAAGUGGAUUGUGAAGCUAUAAGGGAGGACAUCUUUAACCAGCGGGUCCCUCAUUGCCCCCGGUGUCUGGAUGUUCCUUUAGCAAUAAUGAAACCAGACAUCGUCUUUUUUGGAGAGAAUCUUCCAGAAAUGUUUCACAGAGCCAUGAAGGAGGACAAGGACGAGGUGGAUCUUCUAAUAGUUAUCGGGUCUUCACUUAAAGUCCGACCAGUCGCCCUCAUCCCAAACUCGAUUCCUCAUGAAGUGCCUCAGGUCUUGAUCAAUCGGGAGCAGCUGCCUCACCUCAACUUUGACGUGGAGCUGCUCGGCGACUGCGACGUCAUCGUCAAUGAGCUCUGUCAUCGACUGGCCGGGGACUUUGAGCAGCUCUGCUACAACACCGUAAGACUCACCGAGAUCACGGAGAAACCUCCCCGGUUAGCGGAGCAGCCACCGUGCGAGGACCUGUCCGCCGCAGACGACCGAACGCCAGAGGAGCCCAGGCGGCACAGUACAGACUCGGUCCGAACGCCUUCGCCGCACAGUCCGAAUGUCACAGAAACUGGCGGUCACGUCGCGCCGCCGGAGCCUUGUCCUGACGCUCAGUGUCCCAGCGAAGACAACUCUGAGCCCAACCGGUUCUCACUCAACGAUGCAACUAGAGAAGAGACCACGGAAGAAAGGAGUCAAUCUUCCCACCAUGAAUUUCGGCGGAGGUGCUGGAUGAAUCGCAUCAGCCGAAGUCCAAUCAGCAAGCGCCUUGACACGGGCCAGUACCUGUUCCAAGCACCGCAUCACUACAUCUUCCAUGGCGCCGAAGUUUACUCCGACUCCGAGGACGAGACGUCAAGCUCAUGCGAAAGUGACAGCGAAGAGUCGGAAUGCAGCGGCGACGAGGGAGGGGAGAUCAGCGAGCCGGAGGACGCCGACGGAGCGGCCUGCCUCAGAGACACAAUACAAGACACUUUGACCAAUGAGGCUAUGUCGACUUUGCAGACGGACAAUACAGCUGAACAAACUCACAGCAGCACACACUUUUAAAGUAUACAUUUGACUAAGCACUCAUUGUCUUUUUACAUAUGUAUAUGUAUACAUAUAAGCUCUUUCAUAUAUAUUUUUUGACUCAUGCGACUAUCGUCUUUCAUCAAAUCGUGUGGCAACUUAUGUGAAUACGGAAUUUUUUUAGCCACUCAUUGUCAUUUUUUUUGUGUUCUUGUAUGGAAAUGCAUCAGUUCAUCUACUGCAACUUCUGACUAAAGACAGCAGUUUAAGCUUUAAGUCAUGACUGUCAUCAUAAUGUGACAUUAACUGUGGCGUGACGUGAUGUUUUUGCAACGGUUUUAUGUCACGGUAGCAUGAACAUUUUUGGUCAAAAUCCUGCUAAGACGUACCCUCCAAUGUCUUACUUGAACAUUUUGGCUAACCUGAACACAAACAAUUCAACUCCGAUGAGUGUAAAUGCAGCAGAUGACAGUCCUCUUUAAGUUUAAAACCAAAGAACAUUUCAUCUGAGAUCGGAAUUCGAUAUAAGCUUUGUAAUAUAUUCCUCGUGUCAAUUGAGUCUCGGAGAGAUGAUUGAAAAGGUGUUUCCUUCAGACGCGGCAGCUACUUUUUAUGGUCAAGCCUCUUAUUUUUAUACUCAGCUUUGAGACAUACUCUGGCCCAGAGUAGAUGAUGGUCUUUCUGUACAAAGUUGUCGUUUGCUUUAUUACAAAGCCUUACUAUGUUCCAUCAAGGUGGGGGUGGGGCGAUAAAAUGCCAUCAUCGUGAAACCGAUCGUUGCUCUUAUUUUUCAUGGACUAUAAGUGGUGUUAUAAUAAUAAUAGGAGUAUUCUCUUAGCGCUCGAGCCUGCUGCAUGUAAACAUGUUGGUCGGCUGGUGAGAUUUAUGUGAGCCUGGUGCCAACAUCAUUCACAUGCUAUUUCAGUCUACGAUUGAAGAGUACGGUUUGCCGCCAUUUAAAUUGUUUUUUUCUUCUGGGGUUCUCAGUAAAAAGUUUGGAAAAACAA